ACGCACAGACCGUCGGUGUAUUUCUCCUGCAGCGUGGAGCAGACCGAUGAAGAACCAAUGCAACAGCCUGACUUGCUGAACUUCAAGAAGGGAUGGAUGUCUAAACUGGACGAGAGCGGAGAGUGGAGGAAACACUGGUUUGUGCUGACAGAUGCUGGACUGAAGUACUACAGAGACUCUGCAGCAGAGGAGAGGGACGAGGUGGAUGGCGAGAUCGACCUGAAGGCGUGUGUGAAGGUCUCUGAGUUUGAGGUGGAGAAGAACUACGGCUUUCAGAUUCAGACCAGAGACGCCGUCUUCACGCUCUCCGCCAUGACGGCCGGCAUACGCAGGAACUGGAUCGAGGUCUUGAGGAAGAACGUCCGGCCCAGCAGCUCUCCAGACCUCACACAGCUGCCCAACUGCAGCAGCGAUAAAGAAAAUGCCCGUCAUUCCUCAUCCCGCCGGCUCCGCAGCCAAUCAGAGGCCACCUCCACCACCGCAAACCCCGCCCACCGCAAAUUCGACUAUGUUGAGCUGUCGCCCUUAGCCACGCCUUCUACCCCUGCCUCCACCAAUCAGAGAGAGUCGGGGGAGGGACAAGUGAGAGAGCACAGCCAAUGGCAGGAGGAGCGGCCACGUGCCGACGCCCACAACCAGUGGGAGGCGGUGCUUUCGCGGAAGGGGGCGGGCCAGCAGUCGGAACAGAGGCGAAUAGAGGAGGAGAUUGAGAGGAAGUGGGCGGAGUUUGAGCAGCUUCCGCUCAAAGAGACGAGGUCACUCCCACCGGUGGGCUCGCGGUCGUCAGCCAAUCAGGCGCUGGAGAGGGAGGUGGCGUCUCUGAGGCAGCAGCUGGCGGAGCCGGGGAGGGGGGUUGGGCCGGGGAGGGGGGCGGUGUCUGGCUGCGGGGCGGUGCUGCAGCAGAUGGAGCGCGCACACAGGGAGGCGCUGGAGGAGCUGGAGAAGCAGCACUCGCAGCAGAUCAGCGCACUGGAGCGGGAACGAGACGCGCUGCUGAAGGAGGAGAGCGACGCCACUGCGCGCGUGAUGGAGGCGCUACAGAAAGCACACAGAGAGGAGCUGGAGAAAACCACACAACUCAAAGAGAUUCAUGGGACGGAUUCACACACGCUCGGCAAACAGCAACUGGUGGAGCUGGCGUCUCUGCGGAGGGAGCUGGCAUCUCUGUCGGAGCAAUACUCUCAGAAGUGUGUGGAGAUGAAGCGAGCGCAGCAGCACAGUCUGGAUGCGGAGCGACUCGUGAGUCAGAAAGACACACAGAUGGAGCAACUGAAGAGAGACAACCAGGACCUCCAGGCGCGUCUGUCGGAGGAGGUCAAGGUCAUUCGGUCUCUGGUCACAGGUCAAGGGUCAGACGGAGAGACUGACGGCAGUGAGAGGUCGUGGUGUGAGACACAGGUGCUGCUGCGUGUGAGAGAGAACGAACUGCAGUACUUACACAAGCAGCUCAGCAGCCUCCGCAACCAGCUGCUCUUCCUCACCACG